AUGGAGGCGGAUAUUAUAUCGAAGCAGAUGGAGCAGCUUAUAGCGGAUGGAGAGGCAGGUGGCAGUGAUCUGCGUUGCGGUGGCAGUGGCGCUUCAGAAGGCGAGGCUGUUCCUGGGGUCACAGACGAAGCUGCAGUGCGUGAGGUUCUUUCCAGCAGCCCGAUGGACAUUGACGUUGACGUAGACGCAGACGUAGACGUUGACAUAGACGGAACGGACAUGGCUGCAUCCGCCAGGGAGACGUUCAUCGCAAACAGUACGUGUGAUUGUACAGAGGGGUGCACAGGGGGUGACACUAUCGAGUUCCAAGUCACCUUCCGCGGGCAGCGCGUCUCCUUGCGCAUGCAUCCGCGCUCCCCGCUGCUUGCGCUUUCCGCGUGCCUGUGCGCGAAACUUGCGGUCGAUUCCGCCACGCUGAAGCUCAUGGUUCGCGCGCGCGCGCACUUGUCACCUUUCCGCGACCCCAGCAACGGCGCAGCGACUACCGGAACCGGGCUUGCGACCGCAUCUGCGACUGCUGCGACGGCGUCUGCUGCCAAGUCGCAGGCGACGCCGUCCCUCCUGCGACUGAGCGACCCAUCCGUCCGCCACCGCGCGCUCAGCGACGCGGGAAUCGCGCACGGCUCGCAGGUCACUCUGCUGGCCUCCACCAUCGCUGACGUGGCGGCGAUGUCCGCUCUGCAGGCGGGCCCGCAGGCCGCCACGUCGCAGCGCGUGAUCGGAUUCGAGGAGGAGAUCGAGCGGGCGAUUCGGCGCGGCGCGGCGGGCGUAGGCGGGGGAAGCGGUUAUAGUAAGAAGGAGCGUGUUGCUGUUCCCAAGGGCCCUUACACUUUUCACGACUUCCGCACAUGGCAGCUUCCUGGAAGUGAGAUGCGCCCGCCUGUGUCUGAGGCGCUGGCGCUGCUGCAGCGCCUGGCAGCGGACCCGGGGAUAGUGGCCGUCAUGCACAAGCACCGCUGGUCUGUGCGGCUUUUGAGCGAGCUGCCUCCGGAGGGCCUCGUGGGAGUGUCGCCCGUGUGCCUGCUGGGCUUUAACAAGAACCGCGGAGAGGAGGUGUGUCUGCGGCUGCGCACGGACGACCUCAGGGGCUUCCGCAAGUACCUCGCCAUCCGCCGCACUCUCAUUCACGAGCUCGUGAGCACGGGGGGGGGGGGAUUGGGAGAGGUGGGGAGAGGUGGGGAGAGGUGGAGAGAGGCGGGGAAAGGUGGGGAGAGGUGGUAG